CAGAUAUUCCACAGCGGAGAAUACUUAAUGAAAAGCAAGAAAUCCGGAAUAGGCUGCUAUUAUUUCGUCAUUAAACGCAGACUAAGGGUCCAGAAUGCUGCGAUCACCUUCUUGUCGAAGGAGCUUGCGUUCGAGCAGUCCACGCUUUCUACAACCUUUGACUAUUCGCGAAGAAGACGGAUGCCAGAUCUUAGAAUGUCGGGUAGACGGAUAUCCGAAGCCGGACAUUCGCUGGGAGAAAUCCGGCAAGCCGGUAGCCAAGUCGCGAAGGAUUCACAUGAUACGUUCUGGCGACACGUGCCUCCUUCAAAUCAAGAUGCCACAAAUCGAAGACUCCGGAUUAUACAGCUGCACUGCCACCAACAUCAUGGGGACGACCAUAACGCAGACCAAGUUCUCUAUCAAACAUCUGAAGGAGGAAAAAAUGAACGGGUCUUCGAAAGAAAAAUUAGGUCCUGUCAAAAGCAAAGAGCUGAGGUCAAGAUCGUCGGAAAGACGGAACGUCAGUUUGAGUGUGGACAGCACUCUGUCAAAUGCUCAAUCUCGUACACGUUCACGAAGUGCCUCUCGUGAUUCACGACAGAACUCUCAGAACGCGACACCAAAAUCAAAGUUCUCCCACUUCAGUCAAAUAUGGAAGAAAAACGAAGAUAAGACUACUGAUCGAUCCGUCCGAGAACAAGCUGUCGUUCACCCGAGUAAAAAGCAGCUUUCGAAAUCCAUGGAAGACUGUCGGAAGAACCGGAAGAGCUUCCUCAGAGUUAAAAUACCUGACAUAUUCGUUGGGGAAAUGCCGGAAGUCACUAAAGACAACCAGAGACUAUCGGAUGCCAAUAAGAGGAAUGGUGAACUGAAAACCAAUGGUAUCAUUCGCCACAAUCAAGUUCCAUAUAGGACAUUAAGCACAGCUGAGGACAAUAUAGAAUUGGUGGAUUAUAGUGAAAAAGGCUCUCAACUAAAGCAAAAGAAGCCAGGACGUAUAUCGUCCUACUUGAAACGUUUUGAAAACGCGACAGCUGUUUCGAAAUCGAAAGAUUCAUCAAAGGCUUCGGGAGGCUCCUUGAAGCAAAGUGGUGUUGAUGUGAAAAACGCAGUUUCGGCAGCUGAACGGCGGCAUUCUGGUAAUGAAGAAUCUGAAGGAGGUUUCUUUAAAUUUGGUAGAUUCAUGAGGAGGAAAAGUAGCAGUAGUAACAGCAGAAAAAGUUCAGUUGAUGUAAACGAAAAUGACGAAAACGACUCUGCACUUAUCGUCAAUGGUGGGGAGAAAUUCGAAAUCAUAAAUAUUGACUGUGAAGAAAAUGAUUCAAAACUUGUAUUUGAUGGCAAUGACAAGAAAAACUAUAGUUCUUCUUCCACUAACGAUGAGUAUCACUGCGAUCAAGUGAAAGAUCAGACUCUUGACAGCCAAUUUAGUCACGAGAAUUUCCAACAAAAUAACGUGCUAAAUUCUUCGAUCAUAGAUGUAGUUUGUUCAGAGUUAAAAGAAAGUGACUGUACUCUAGUUCCCGAAAUUAUUUCACAUGCAAUUAAAGAAGAACCAACAAAUAGCCAAUCAACGCAAUCGGAUAGACUGAGUGAUGUUCAUACAAGUGCUGAACCUUUAAUAUCUGAUGUCGAUCUAAGUUCAAUCUCAAUUAUUGAUUCGAAAGAUGUGACCAGUUGUUCUCAUGUGCCAACUAUUUCUGUUGAUCAGGCUACGAAAAGCUGCGAAGACAUUGAUGCUGAUCCACCAUUAAAAAGUGCCGUUGAAGAAUGUGCAGCUGCUAUAUUUCUGAAAAGUCCAAAUACUACGAAAGCAGGUUCCAUUUCUUUGCCAAAGCAUUGUAAAGGAAAGAUAAGGUAUUCUGGGGAUCUCAUCGAGGAGGAAUGCGAGUCCUUUCUGGAGGCAAAGAGUCCUCCUCCAGAAUCCCUGGAUCUAGAUCCUCAGAGGGUGUCUUCUCCAACUGAGUGUCCGGCGAGGAUCGUCAAGGGCCCUCAGAGCGUGACCGUCCUCAGAGGGGAAUCUGUCACUCUGGCCAUCUCCUUCUCGGGGCACCCACAGCCGAAGGUUACUUGGAUGAAAGGUGGUCGUGUGUUGCGAGAGGAGGGUCGCUUGUCCACUCUGGAGGGUCGCGAGAUGUCCGUGGUUACAGUGAACGAUGUGACUGCAGACGAUAGCGGCAAGUACGUCGUCAGUGUCGAAAAUGAGGGGGGCGGAGACUCCUGCUUCGCAUCCGUCGCUGUCGUUGGUUUUCCAGAGCCGCCCGGAGGAGAGCCGACGGCUAGUGAAGUGACAGAUCAUUCUUUGGUACUGAGCUGGUAUGGAUCUAUGUACGACGGGGGGAGUGUUGUCACGGGAUACCAAGUCGAGAUGUGCUGCCUGCCCGAUAGAAGGUGGCACAAAGUAGCGUCUUCUGUGAAUACCAGUUGCUCCAUCCAAGGUCUUUCCAAGGGGCAACGCUACAUGUUCCGAGUCCGAGCAGAAAACAGAUACGGAGCAAGUCACCCCAGCAAAGAUUCCAAAGUAAUAAUCCUAGAUGAUUUUCUCCAAUAUGAUACGUCGUCUGAAGAAGAGCCAGAAGAAGAACCAUCUAUGGCUGUUACUGUCGAAACUGGUUCUGAAUUUACAGAGAGAUUCGACUUGAAGGAAGAAGUUGGGAAAGGCCGCUUCGGGACUGUGUACAGGUGCGUUGAGAAAUGUUCCGGGCGCCCUCGAGCUGCGAAGGUCAUACGUUGCCUCAAGAUGAAGGAUAAGGAGAAGGUGCGGCAAGAGAUCGAGAUCAUGAGCAGGCUGCACCACCCCAAGCUCAUGCAAGUGUUGGCUGCGUUUGAGAGUGGCCGCAACAUGAUCAUGGUUAUGGAGUUCAUAUCUGGUGGAGAAUUAUUUGAAAGAGUGAUUGCAGAUGACUUUGUUUUGACCGAACAAGACUGCAUACUUUUCAUGAGACAGAUCUGCAACGGGGUGGCAUACAUGCAUCGACACAAUAUACUGCAUCUUGACCUCAAGCCGGAAAACAUUUUAUGCAAAACACGCACAUCUCACAAAAUAAAAAUAAUUGACUUUGGAUUAGCUCGAGUGUAUAAUUCCGAUGAAAACCUGAGAAUCCUUUUCGGGACUCCUGAAUUCGUCGCACCCGAGGUUAUCAAUUAUGAACCUGUUUGUCCAGCAAGCGAUAUGUGGAGUGUGGGGGUCAUCUGUUAUGUGCUGUUAUCUGGAUUAUCCCCUUUUAUGGGAGACUCAGACACGGAAACAUUUUCGAACAUCACUCGAGGAGAAAUGGAUUUCGACGACGAAGCCUUCGAUGAAAUUUCGCAGGAUGCAAAGGACUUCAUUUCAAAUCUACUGGUGAAAAAACUUAAGGGCCGCAUGAGUGCUGAGGAAUGUCUGAAUCAUCCUUGGCUGGCGAAAUCAUCUCUGCUGCAGAAGAGACCUUUGUCCACGGAGAAACUGAAGCGCUUCAUUAUUCGCAGGAAGUGGCAAAAAUCUGGAACUGCAAUCCGUGCUCUGGGUCGUAUGGUAUCUCUCUCUCGUUCUUCUCUGGGCAGCAGUGUGGAUUCGUACUCACCCCUUGGCUCACCAACCAGUUCAAGAUCCCGAAGUUCUCUCAUGUCGAGAAGCGAAACAGCCGAAUCAGGGGACAGUGAUGUGUUCCAAGAAGCUCCCAGGUGAUCCAGUGUCCAAAAGAACUGUUGUAAAUGCAGCCAAAUGGAUAAGUCUUUUGCAAGAGCAUCGACUCUGGAGCGUGCUUGCUAUUGACGUCACUUCAGAGGGAAGAUGGUGCUGUGCGAGGAGUGUUACUUCAUCAAUGUGAACAAAGUAUAAAUGCGGUUUUAUGUCCUUGAAGCAGAGACUGAACCUGAAUUUAGUGCUUCAACACAAGUGUAAAGUAUUUUGAGCUGAUUAUUGGAUAAUGUGAACUAAAAAUAAGUAUAAUUUUCUGAAGCCGAGUGUUUAAAAGAAUCGUUUUUGAAUAGAUGUUAAUAUGUAAACUUUGCCUUAAAGAUAAAUUAAUGCAUUUCCUUUAGAAAACGAUUGGCACUAGAACAAUCGCACAUAGAACAUGCAAUGAAUAUUCUGAAGUGACCGUGAAGUUGAGUUAAGUUUAGAUUAUCUAUACAUAUAAUAAAAUAAGAUGUUUGUGUGUGUGUGUGUGUGUGUGUGUGUGUGUGUGUGUGUGUGUGUGUGGGGCGCGCUUUCCGGGAAAACGGUAAGGCCUAGAAAGAUGAAAUUUGGUAUACAGGUACAGUUUCUGCCGAAGAAGUGCACUUGGGCUUCGAUUUUUGAUAUUUUAAUUAGAAAAAAAGUUAUUUAAUGUUUUAUGUGUUUUUUUGCACUUUUUAAUAUUUUUUACCUCACAGACUCCGAACCAAUCGCACCACACAAAUUUUUUUGUACUAUAGUGUUGGAAAUUUAAUUUUAAAUAUGAUGAACGAAAAAAAUUUGAAGAUAGAGCAAUUUUUGUAUUUUUUAUGAAUUUUUGAAAAAAACCUUCAAUUUGCAUUUUUUCCUGGGUUUUACAUUUUUCUAAUAUCAUCCUGCGAGAAGUAUCAAAGACUUAUUUCUAAAAUUUAAGUUGAUAAUAGUAAAAACAUUUCUCCCUGUUCAGAAGAAAAAAGUUCUGAAAAAUACGCAAUAGUUUUUUUUUUUACAAUUUUUUUAAUGCUGAACACAUCAUAUCUUUCUACGCAUCGGUCGAAAAAAGCAUUCUUCAAUCUUCUAUGCCUCUGACGUCACUACUUGGGUUUCGAUUCGAUAUUUACGACGGAAUCUUAAUCGCAAACAAUGUUAAUCUCUUUAUUUACUCUUUUUACUAUAUAGCUUACUUCUACAUUUUAUGACGUGAUGACCACGUGUUUUUCCGGCAGCGCUUGCUUUUUUUCUGUUUUUUUUUUUUUUUGUUUUUGUUUAAUUUAGGGAAUGCAUUUAUUUCAUUUUCCAUCUCCCCUCCCCCCCCCCAAGCUGGACGUUUUGCUGUUUCGAUAUUACGUUACAUUUCAUAGUUGUGCGCAUUUAAUUCAAUAAAAACAGCGAGAUUUUUUUUUCUUUGUCACUUACUUUACUUUGUUACUUUUUGCACACUACGGGGAGUUUUGGAGAUAACUUUUUUUUUGUCCUACUUAAAUAAAAAAGCGGUUUUUUGAGUGAUCUUUGUUUUUAUUAGGAAAUGAGCGGGGAGGUUAAAAUAAAUAGAGAUGUAAAAGAAAAUUUAGAGAUUGAUCAUAAAGGUAGAUAGCCGCCGAACGCGGCAAUCUUGGCGUAAAAAUGUGAAUGGCACAAAAAAUGAUAGAGAUGGAUUGAUUAAUAUUGCAGCUAAAUUUGUUUAAACAGACGCCGAAGGCGGCAAACUUGAAGUAAAAAGGUAAAUGACAAGUUAACCAAACAGCCGCCGUAGGUGGCUGCUUGCAUAGAAAGGUGAAUGGCGUAAGAAGGCGAACCAGCUGGUCGCCGCAGGCGGCUAGUUGUAAAUAAAAAUCGUCAAUCAAUACUCGAUGGCAAACACUAAGUGACCUAUAGCAUGGCCCUGAUUAGUUGCCUUGGGAUCGACUGAAGCUUUAACAAUUCCAAUUUUAAUAAUACGGGUGACGAAAGCUGCAUUUUUUUUUUUUUUUUUUUGGAACUACGACUUUGUGUAGUCGAUUAAUGGUUAAUGUCGUUGUGCUCGUCUAAAAAAAAAUCCACUUUCAAGCUGAACAUAAAUGAGCGUUUCGAAGGUCAACAUUGUUUUACUAGCGCCACUCUCUAGUAUAGCUCAUUGACGUUCGUGAGCUACCCCCCGCCCCCAAAAAAAGAAUAUAAUUUGUAUAUCUUGUUUAAUCAUUUGGUUUAAUGAGGGCAAUAACACAUGAAUCAAAGAUUGCAACUGUAGAACUCGUUAAAAUUCCUAUGAGAGUCCUUGAGCAGUCUUUGAACAUUUAAUUUUUUUUUUUAUAAAUCCUAAAUAAUAGAAAAACUUCUUACGAAAGGGGGGAGGGGAGGUGGCAAACAGACUGAUAAGCAAUCAUUUUCUCCAUCUAAAAACCCUACUUUCCGCAUUUUAACAGUUCAAUUUUUCUAAAAACUUUUUUUG